AAAGAAAAAACAAUUGGGAAGCAAGUUGGCAGCCACCACAAGCUCUGGUGUAAAAGUCCCUCGAAAUUUCCAAACGUUGGAAGAGUUGGAAGAAGGACAGAAAGGAGUAGGCGAUGGCACAGUUAGCCUGGGUCUAGAGGACGAUGAGGAAAUGACCCUUACAAAAUGGACAGGGAUAAUAAUUGGGCCUCCAAGAUCAAUUUAUGAAAACCGAAUAUACAGCCUUAAAAUAGAAUGUGGGCCUAAAUACCUGGAAGCGUCCCCAUCUGUAAGAUUUGUAACAAAAGUCAAUAUGAGCUGCGUGAGUAGUUCAAAUGGAGUGGUGGAAGCCACAGCACAGUGGGCAAUGUGACAGAAAUCCCAUAGCAUCAAAGUCAUCCUGAAGGAGCUUCGGCUCUUGAUGAUGUCAAAAGAGAUCCUGAAGCUGCCACAGCCAACAGAACAAGAGUGUUACAGCAAUUAG